UUUUAAUAAAUUAAAUUAACUUCAGGGAUUAUUCUUUAGAAAAUAUCUAAAAGUGGAAACAAUAAAAUAAUGAAAUUAUCAAUUUUAUAUAAAAAGAUGUCAAUUAAAAAGAUUAUUUUGUUAAUGCUUUUAUUAGCAAUAAUAAAAUGUGAUGAUACCAUAGUUCAAAGCAUUUAAUCAAAGGAUUAGCAAAAUGAAAAUUCACCAUCAGCCUCUAAUUCUACUAAUUAAAGCCCUUCUUAAAAUGACAAAACAAUACUUCAAUAAACAGAAAAUUAAGAAAGUGAUUCAGAUGACACAUAGUUAACAAGUUAAGAAAACGAAUUGGAACAUUAGUGUGAAGCAGAUUCUGAUUGUGGAUAUAUGCAAGUCUGUAAUUAGCAUUUUUAGUGCUAGAGAAAGAAUUUAUUCCCAAUGACUUUAACUGAAUUGUUAGGUAGUGUGGUUAUUCUCGUAGUUGUCGGAAUAGGUUAAGCUGCUGGUAUUGGUGGUGGUUUAAUUGUAGUACCAGUUUUAAUGUCUUUCUUUGGAUAUGAAACUAAAAAAAGCAUUGCCCUUGUUUUUAUCACAAUUUUCAGUGCUUCUCUUGGUAAUCUAAUGUCCUUUAUGAAAUAAAAAUCUAAAGAUGGAGGCCCUGUAAUUGAUUAUAGAAUAGUUGUCCUAUCUUUACCAACUAUUAUGGUUGGAUCAAUUUAUGGUGUUGCUUUAAAUAAGUUUAUACCUUAGAUUGUUCUUGCUUUUGCUUUGGCAUUCUUUAUUCUUCAAAGUCUUACCAAAACAUACAAAUCCUACAAGCGUGAAAAGGCUAAAGAAGUACAAGAAAAUUAAAAUAAUAAUAAAUCUGACCAAUCCUCUCCUCUUUAUGAAUUAAAAUAACCCAAUGAAAAUGGUUUACCACCAAUUUCUUAAUCAUCUAAAAAAGAGCAAUAUCCCAAAAGUUUGCUUUCAAAAAUAUUCUGUAUUACGUUAGGUUUUGCAGUUUUCUCUCUUUUGAGAGGUGGUUCUAAAUUUGAUUCAUUGCUCGGUAUACCUCCUUGCGGCUUUUUGUAUCAAAUUUCUAACUUGGCUUCAGCAUACGUGGCAUAUUUGUUAGUGAAAGGAAUUAUUGCAGGUUUAGUUAUUUAAAAUAAAAUAGAAGAAAAAUUAGUGGUAAAUACUUCUUCUGAUGAUACUUAGCUUACUGCAUAAGAAAUGUAAGGAUUUGCAGUGACUGCCUUUUUAGCUGGUUUAAUAGGUUCUACUUUUGGUUUAGGAGGUGGUAUGGUAUUAGUACCAAAAUGGUUAGAGUAAGGUAUUCCUUCAUAUAAAACCACUCCUUGCUCUAUAAGUCUUUUGUUCUUAACUGCUUUUAACAGUGCUAUAUAAUUUGCAUUGGGUGGUGUCUAUGAAACAGAAGAAAUUAUCUACUUUAGUGUAAUUGCUCUGCUUAGCUCCUUUAUUGUUUCAUCAUCUAUUUAAUAAUAUGUAAAGAAGACUAACCAAGCUUCACUAUUAAUAUUAAUUAUUAUUGGUUUUAUGAUUAUUGCCUUCUGCCUAUUUGGUACUAUGAAUGUGUAAAAGGCAAUGGUUGACUUGCCUUCUCUUUUUGACUUUGGACAAUUUUGCUGAUUUUAAUUUAAAAUAAAUUCUUUAAAAACUUUAUUCCUAAAAUCUAUUUUUAUUUUUUCUGUAAAUUUAUAUAACGAAUAAAAAUAAAUAACGUAUUUUUGUAUUCUUAUCUCUUAAAAAAUAAAAAAUGAUAACCAAUUAA